UGUGACAGUUGUCAUUUUCACACGCUGCGCUGCGAAAGUGGCGUCGCGUGCUUGUUUCAGAAAUAGUUAAUAUAAAAUAUAUUCUAAAGUGCCUGUGGGUGUGUGUGAAUUAUUGUGAACAUAAACAUAAAAACCUUAACUGAAAAUGUUGGUUCUAUUUGAGAGCCCGGCGGGGUACGCUAUAUUCAAGCUGCUGGACGAGUCCAAGUUGUCUCAGAUCGAGGACCUGCACGAGGAGUUCAACUCGCCUGAGGGAGCCUCUGCUGUAGUGAAACUGAAGAACUUCAUAAAGUUUGAGGACACCACGGAAGCGCUGGCCGCCACCACGGCCGCCAUCGAGGGCAAGAUCUCCAAGCCACUGAAGAAGGCUCUGAAGAAGUAUGUGUGCAAGGAGGUGCAGGACCAGCUGCUGGUGGGGGACGCCAAGCUCGGCGCCGCCAUCCGGGACAAGCUGCAGCUCACCUGCGUGUCCAACAGCAACGUGCAGGAGCUACUGCGCUGCAUCCGCUCGCAGCUGGACGCGCUGCUCGCCGGCCUGCCCAAGAAGGAGAUGACGGCCAUGGCGCUGGGUCUGGCGCACUCCCUGUCCCGCUACAAGCUCAAGUUCUCCCCGGACAAGAUCGACACCAUGAUCGUGCAGGCGCAGUGCCUGCUGGACGACCUCGACAAGGAGCUCAACAACUAUGUGAUGCGCUGUCGCGAGUGGUACGGCUGGCACUUCCCGGAGCUCGGCAAGAUCAUCCAGGACAACACCCUGUUCGUGAAGGUGGUGAAGCUGAUGGGCACGCGCGACCACGCGGCCGGCACCGACCUGUCCGACAUCCUGCCCGAGGAGCUGGAGGAGAAGGUGAAGGAGGCGGCCGAGAUCUCCAUGGGCACGGAGGUGUCGGACGACGACAUCAUGAACAUCCAGAACCUGUGCGACGAGAUCCUCGCCAUCACGGAGUACCGCGCGCACCUCACGGAGUACCUGAAGGCGCGCAUGAUGGCCAUGGCGCCCAACCUGACCGUGCUGCUGGGCGAGCACAUCGGCGCGCGGCUCAUCGCGCACGCCGGCUCGCUCAUGGCGCUCGCCAAGCACCCCGCCUCCACGCUGCAGAUCUUCGGCGCGGAGAAGGCGCUGUUCCGCGCGCUCAAGACCAAGAAGGACACGCCCAAGUACGGGCUGAUCUACCACGCGGCGCUCGUGGGGCAGGCCAGCGCGCGCAACAAGGGCAAGGCGUCGCGCAUGCUGGCGGCCAAGGCGGCGCUGGCCACGCGCGUGGACGCGCUGGGAGAGGACGUGUCCUUCGAGCUGGGCGCCGAGCACAAGGUGCGGCUGGAGGCGCGCCUGCGCCUGCUGGAGGAGGGCGGCGCCGGCCGGGUCAGCGGCACCGGCCGCGCCAAGGCCAAGUUCGAGAAGUACCACGCCAAGAGCGAGGUGGUGCAGUACGGCGCGGCGGCGGACAACGCGCUGCGCGGCGCCAAGCGGCCGCGCGACGAGCAGCGGGACGGAGAGGAGGAGGCGUCGCCUAAAAAGAAGAAAAUCAAGCAGGAAGUGAAGGAAGAGCCGGCCGAGGAGGCCGAGACGAACGGAACUUCCGAGAAGAAGAAGAAGAAGAAAAAGAAGUCCGUCUCCGAGGACGCGCCCGCCGCCGCCGCCGCCGAGCCCGAGCCCGAGCCCGAGACGCCCAAGAGCGACAAGAAGAAGAAGAAGAAGCGACAGUCUGAAGCCGCCGAAGAGUAGACUCUACCUCACACGGAAUAAACUAGGUUUUUAUGUGAAUGGUGCGAAAUACUUGUGAUGAAGUUGACUCUGUGGAGCUUAAAACUUCAGUGAGUAGUUACGGGUGCAGCUGUGAGCUGUUAACUUACGCCUUUUUCAGUAAUAAAUAGUAAAUACUUACAUGUAUACAUAUUCUCAAUGUCCAUAUUUAGCUACUGCCUAGUCACGUCAUAACAGUUAAUUAAAUAAUGUUCCUUAUGAGUUCACACGUAAAGAGUUUAGUAGAUAUAAAUGAAUACAUGAAUGUAUCGCUAGUUCACCUAGUUAUUGUAUUGCACAUGUUGCACUGACGUGGUGCGGGCACCUGGCUACAUGCUGGCUACUGUACGUAGUGACGUUAAUAAAUAAUUCAUGAAGUUUUAAGUGAUAUAUGUUUGGCCAAUUUAGCUUUAUUUUGUAGUAAAAUGUUGUUGCUAUUUGCAGUUUGAAUUGACUUGUGUGUAGGGCAGGUCGCGAGCCACUGCUGUAGCUACUGCUGAGCUACUUGUGUUUUUCGGUAUUUCAUUCAAAUGUAAAAAGCAAUCGCAUUUUGCUGUAAGACAUUGUAUAAUAAUUAUAAGAGAACCCUAUAUUUGAUAGGUCAUUUUAUUGUUUGUAAGAGAAAUGUUGGUUAUCUGAAGAAGUGGAGAAUAUAAACAUUUUUUGAGAAA